UGUUGUCAACAAAAUGAUGGACUAUAACUCCUGCCCCUUAGAACUGGAAUAAAAACAUAAUAUAUUAAAAAAAUAUAUGACAUUUUAAGUGUUAUGGAUAAUUUCUUGAAAAUCAAAUAGUCUGGGUACCAAUAUUAAGCUAGUUACAAGCAGAUGGCGUCUCUGAGCUCAGGGUCAUCCAGAGAUAGUAAAGCAGGCUUUUGGAAAAAGAAUUCGAGUGUACCCGGAAGGUGGGAUAAUUAACAACAAAUAACGUCGACGACAUCGAACUAAAAGUUUUGUUUAUCAGAGAGAGAAGCUAUUGGUUGAUAAAUAAUAAUUUUUAAAAAGAUAUGGUUAUUACCCUAAUAAAAUUGGUCAUGAUUACGAAUUUAUUAAUAGGAAUGUUGGGCAGGGUUGUCUAACUUUAACUUAAAAAAAGCUAUUUUCGUUCACUUGCUGACUGACUAAGAUUAAGACUAAUGACUAAAACUAAUGAUUGUAAUUUUGUAAAAAAAAUAAAAAUGUUAUGGUUAAAUAGAGAAAAUUUCAUAGCAAAAAAAUAAACCAGAAUUACCUUUCUAGCAUUAGUACUUUGUGAGCUAUGAAUUAUUUUUAAAGUUCAAAUUCGUUUGGUAUUUUGGUAAAUUCAGAGAAAGCGGCCCAAGUCUAUUUCCAUGGCCGCCAUCUUGGUUGCCUCGACCCGCGCACUUUUAUGUGUGCACGGGUCGAGGCAACCAAGAUGGCGGCCAUGGAAAAAUAAAAUAAUUCACAUUUGCUAAAAUUUAGAAGAAAAAUUAAAAAAUGUAUGAAAAAAUUGUCGGAAAUUGAUCCCUAUGCCUAACCCUAAAUCUAUGCCUAACCCUAACCCUAAAUCGAGCCCUAUGUCUAACCCUAACCCUAAAUCGAUCCCUAACCCUAAAUCGAUCCCUAUGCCUAACCCUAACCCUAAAUUGAUCCCUGAGCAUAACCUGAACCCUAAAAACUAGCCGUAAAAAGGGCCUCAAAAAUAAUUAUAAACUGAAGAGUUAAUGAAAAUCCAACUUACAGUUUCAUGAAAUACACUUUUACACACUUUAUUUCAGGUUCCAAGGAAAAUAUAGCCACAAAAUGAAUAAAUCUCCACACCCCACAGGCACCCCAAAGAUAUCAAACAUUGCGGGACAAAAGAAAUAUGAUAAUGAGCCAACCAAUGAAAAUUUUACAAUUAUAAUUAAUCAACCAAUAAAAUUUUAAUUUCGAAAAUGUAACUAUUUUAACAAAAAAAUACAAAAAAAUAAUGGGAGUGAAUCCAAAACAAAGUCGUCGUGGGCUGUUAAAUCUGAAAUAGCCGGUAUUUUUUAUAGUAGGCACUUUGGUAUCGCCCGGAAAUACCCGAAAAACGGGUAUCGUAAUUUCUUUGUCAAACUACACUCUGUUAUAAAAAAAACGGCUAAUGUGCAGAGAUUGUCCCCUGACGUGAUUUGCAUUUUUAUUAUAGUUGAAGUGAAUUAGGGUUAGGUUUAGGGCAUAGGCCUAUAUUUAGGGUUCAGAUUAGGUUUAGGGAUACAUUUAGUUUAGGUUUAGUGACAGAAUGAACUGGUUGUGUCAACCAAGAUGGCGGCCAUCGUGGGACAAUAUCUGCACAUUUAAAAAAAAACCGGUAAAUUUGGAGAGAUGUGGCCACAUGGCCGCCAUAUUGGUUGACACGACCAGUUAAUUCUGUCACUAAACCUAAACUAAAUGUAUCCCUAAACCUAACCUGAACCCUAAAUGUAUCCCUAAACCUAACCUGAACCCUAAAUGUAUCCCUAAACCUAACCUGAACCCUAAAUGUAUCCCUAAACCUAACCUGAACCCUAAUUCACUGCAACUAUAAUAAACACGCACUUGACGACAUGGCAACAUCUCUCCAAAUUAGCCAAAAAAACAGCUCCUUAAGUUUAAAGGUUUAUUUACAACAUACCCGGUAUCCAAAAUUUGUGAGUGUAGACCAUGGGUAGGCUUCAAAAACGAAAGUCCCAGAGGUAAUUUUUAGGCUAUUUAAUUUGUCAUCAUGGCCUCUGUGCUGUCAGCUUAUUUCCAAUUAUCUAUAACAGCCGUUGGGUAGUUAAUAGUGCAUUAAAUUGGUUAUCCAGGAUAUAAAUGGGAAAUUUAAGUUAAUAUAACAAACAAUAAAUCAUUUCAAAGUUUUAUUUGAAUAAAAAAUGUUUUAUAACAUAAAUAAUUAUUAUUGGCUAAUGAAAUGUCAGUGGUUUUAAUUUUUGGGUUGGUUGUCAUGGGAUUGAAAAGCACUUGUCUUUAACUGAGACUUAGAUAGGCUUAGUAAAAGUAUUAUAAUAGUAAUUAUACUAUUGUAAAUGAUUUGAGGGGUGGGAUAAAUUAAAAUAGCUUUUAUUACAACUAAUAGAUCUAUAUUAGUUUAUAUUUAUAUAAAUAUUUAUUUGUGUGUAUAUAUAUAUUUAUUUAUUUAUUUUUAUAUAUAUAUAUAAUGGGUGUAGUAUAGACAUAAUAUAAUACAAAGUAUAUUAUAUUGUAGUUUAGGCCUACAUCCAACCCAACUUAUUUGUAUAUUAAUAUUGUAAUAUUGCAUUAAGAAUCCGCUUUUAAUGAUGGCUAUUUCAUCAGUCUAGGUGCAAGGGUAAAAAGUAAAAGGGCGCUAACAUCUUUUCUUAACCUGUAGAGUAAUUAGUGUCAGUAAGGUAUUUGUCUGCAUUGUGAGGUACAUAAUUUUAAGUAUGUGGUAUAAAAAAAAGAAAGAGGGAUAUGGGACAAUAGGAUGAAAUAUAAAGGGUUCGUUGAUAUCAUUUGUACUUCUAUGGGGCAUGCAUUUUAUCAAAUAAUAUAUUAUCAAUAUUGUUUUAAUUUUAGCAUCAAGCCUGUAUAUGGAGCUCAGUAUCCACCUCCACAAUCUAAUAUUAGCAUGUAAGUAUUUCUGCUAAUUUUUACUGUUUUUUUUAUUUUAUCUGUUUUAUAAGUCAAUUUAAAAUUUUAAAACAUGAAUUUUUGUUUCAAGUCAGAAAUAUUUUAAAAAAUUUUUUUUUCCAUCUCCCAAAUUCAUUGUAGGCUUAAAUUUUGCAUUGCAAACCCAUUGGACUUAGAGCAACAAUGUUUUUCGGAUGCACCUUCAUAUUAAUAUCAAAAUAUUUUGCUGCUAAAAAAUUUUGGGUUAUUAAGAAAAAACACAUAUGCACAUUAGUUUAGUUUUCCCCAUACUUGUUAAAUUAAUGCUGAAAUUCCAUCCACAUCCAUUCAUGAAUGUUGAUGGAACUGUAUAAGUCACAAAAAUUACAAUAAAAUUAGCCUAAAUAGUGUUUAAAACACAUGGUUCUAUUAUUCAUGGAAAUAGCGCCUUGUAUUGUUGAAUUAAAGAAUUGUACAAUGUUUUUUAAUUUCUAAUUGCACAUUAAAGUCAUAUAGGUACUUAAAGGAAAUUUUUCAUCACAGCUGAAACUCUUUAGGAGUCAUGACAAACCCACUACAAUAAAUCACUUUAAAAAAAUGGUAAAUAAUCUUUCAACAAUCAAUAGCUAUUGCCUUGGCUCUAAAAUCUUAUUUAUACUAUUAUAGUAUUUUUUUAAAAAUUGGUUUUGAAUUUACACAAUUUUACAUCCAACUUUGUGUACAUUUUAUCUCUGGAAAAAAGAUCAGCUAAGCAGCCAAAGAAAGAUGAGAAAGGAAAGAACAUCAAACAUGAUGCAUUCCACGAGUUUGAAAAUAAAACAUCUGAUGCCUGGGAUGAUGGAGAUGAUGACCUCAUUCAAAUGGCCAACCUAAAAUUAUCGCUCAAAGAUGUCCAUACAUCAGCAAAAGUGGUCCUUGACAAUCAUAGUAAAAAGGCUAAUUCUUUACAGAAGCAGCAGGAAGGAGAAACCGCUAAUCAUACCAUUAAAGGUAGGCCCAAUGAGUUCCAUGACGUUUAAUACAUAAUUUAAAAAGAAGAUAAAUCUAAUUACUCUAUUAAAUUUGUAAAAUAUAAAGCAAAAUUGAAGUAGACAUGUUGAUUUGAUCAUUCUGUACUAACUUUACAUUGAUUUUUUAAAAAAAUCCAUCAAUUUUUAAUAUUCCUAGUGCAACCACAUUUCCUUAACCAAUGCAGCUACCAUCAACAUUCUUUUUAUUUUUCUUUCUUUUUUUUUCUUCUUAGUUUAUAUUAAUUUGCUAUUUUUAUCUAAGGUUUGAAUUCCCCACAAUCUCAAAGUCAGUCAUUUCCACAUCAUCAUCAUCACCAUGGAGGCCCAGGGCUAGGAGUACGGCUAAAUAGUGGUGGAUAUCAGCCACCAAAAAUGACUUCGAUCCGAUAUGUCACUAAUGCAGCACCUGACCGCGAGGCAGCACGUAUAGAUAAAUUCAAAGCUGUUUUUGCUGAACCAUCUUUAGAUCUGAGUAGGUUGUAAAAUUAAAUUUUAUUGUUUAUCCAAUUGUUUAUUGUUUUUCAUAUUUUAAUUAUUGCCUUGAUCUCUCUGAACACAAGUUUUUGAUAUAGAAUUUUGGCUUCUUUUCCUGAUCUAUAGAUGAUCUACGCAAAUUAUGCUGGUCAGGAAUUCCCAAGUCUGUCCGUCCAACUGCAUGGAAAAUUUUGUCUGUGAGUAAUUCUUUAUUUUGGUUACCUAUUUCCAUUGCUUCAGUAUGGCCUAGUGUAGCUUUGGAUUGUUUUUCACUUCAAAGCAGUUAUUUUUAGCCACCAUACUUGUCACCCUGUAAUUAGGCCUUAAUAUGAGUAAAGGUGCCUUGUCAUCCCAUAUCUGUCCAUAACAUAACAACAUUAUGUGCAACCUUGUUAAUUUCUGACUCUUUUAAAGACAUAAAUGUCCGUUUAGUAGUCGUAUAAAUGUAUUUAUAAAUUUUUGUGCUCUUCAUAGCUAUAAUUUACCACUUGUAAUAAAUCUUUUAUGUCUUGAAUGUUUAAUAUUGUGUCAACUAAUGAUAUUACAGGGUUACCUUCCAACUGCAGCUGACAGAAGGCAAGAAACAUUGGAACGAAAACGUAAGGAGUAUUUUGGAUACAUAGAGCAAUACUACGAUACAAGAUAUCAGGACCUUCAUGAGGAAACAUUUAGACAAGUAUGAAAAGAAAUUUGUCAUCUUUACAUCAUCAAUUUAUCAACUAUUUAUAAUUAUUAAUUAUUUAUGUAGAAUCACUUUUUUUUUCCUUAUGAUAGAUGGAACUACAGAAUGAUUAUAAAUUAUGCUUUAAAACAACCUAGCUGUGUUUUUGAUUUUCAGGAAUGAGACAAAGUCAGAAUUAUCACAAACAGUAAAAAACAACAUUUUUUAAUGUUUUACUCUAGGUGUUUGUGAAAUAUUAUUAAUGUAUUAAUAGGCUAGAAUUGAGGCAUUAUAGUUGUUAAAAUUGAAACUUGUAUAAUGUGAUUUUAAUCUUUUUAGAAAAAUUUUCCAUAUCAUGUUACUCUAUGUUUUAGUCUGUUUUUUUACAAACUUGUUUUUAAAAGAAAGUUUAGUAACAAAGCUGUAAACUUUACCUUUUGGGGGUUAAAGUUAUCAAUUAUAAUUGUUUAGGCAUGAACUACAUUGACUUUUUUUUUUACUUCAAAACUGGUACCAUCACUAUUUCUCAGUUCACACGGUCAAAUUCGCAUCAAAAUUUUCUUUCAUAUAUUUGAUGCGAUUUUUGUAUGAAGCGUUGUCACAACUUUCAAAUUACUAUUUGAUCAAAUUCUAAUUUUUCUCCUAAAAAAGAAACUGUGCUCAAAAUAGUGCUUCCAUACAAAAACUUGAUGCAAAUUUGUAGCUAAUUUGAAAGGAAUUUGAUAGUGUGAACUGAGCAUUAGAGGUUUUGUGGAACUGGCAAAGAAAAAUAUCAUAUUCAUAUAAAUUUAACAUUUUAAAUUGAUACAAAACAAAUUCUAUCACCCUAAUUUUAAAAAAUAAGAUAAGUGAAUUUUCAAUAUUGAUAGUCAUUUCUGAAUAUUGUAAUAUAAAAAGGAUUCAUUAUUGGAAAUUAAAUACAGUUUUAAUGAAAUGCAAGUUUGAAAUUGCUGACAGCCAGCUACAAGCCAGUGUGACUGACUCUGCCUGACUAUUGAUCUAUUGUAAUGAGCUGACAUUUGGCUUGGCUAUUUCAGAUUCACAUCGACAUUCCCCGCAUGAACCCCUUAAUCCCCAUCUUUCAACAGCUGAUAGUCCAGGAAGUGAGUAGGCUCUGCCCUUGUGCAGUUUCUUCUGUCUUUUUUUUAAGGUCAAGGUCAUGCAACCCAUUUACCACAUUGCUGCUCAUAAUCUCCUCUGUCAAGCUCCUUUUCCAGCAUUAUCCUCUAUCUCACCCCCUGUUAAAUUUCAAUAAAAAAAAAACAAAACAGCAUUAAUAGCGAACUUAAAUCACUAACAAAAAAGCAUGUGACGCUGAGCAUGAAUGCCUCCCCUAGUCCCACAACUACUAAUAAGAAGGCAUGUUGCAUGUUCACUAGAAAAGUUUGUAUUGGUUGUAGUUUGGAUAUGUUGCAAGUGUUUUGUGUCUUUGUAUGUUAUCAUUUGCUUUUGUCUACUUAAAGCUGCUACGCCUGUUCUUGGUUGUUGUGUGUUGUUUUUUAUGCAGUCUUAGUUAAUUUUUAAUACAUAUUCAUAUUGAAGUGGUACACAAACAUGCUAUUUGAAUAUUAAAAGAAUGUUUAUUUCAAAAUGGAUUAUUGAGAACUGUCAGCUACUAAAUGUGCUGGUUACCAUACAAUAAAUCAUUGAACUUUUAACUUCGCUUGCCAUAAAUAAAAAUCAACAUAUCAUUUAAAAUUGAAAGUUUGAAUGAACUAUGUGAUCUUUUAUGAAGUAGAACCAUUUGAUAAUAAUUUUUUUUAAAAAGAUUUUAUGUUAAGCAAUUUAUGAUGGCAUGAAUAAAAUGAACGGAUUGAUUAAUGAUUGAAAGGUUAUGGAACUCUGCAUUAGUUGGUUUGCAUUAUCAGUAUCUUUCAGGUUCUGGAAUCUCUGUGUACCGUUCAUUUUCUUCUUCUGUGCAUUUGUUUUUUCAUAAUAUGCUUGCCAGGUGCUGUGUCCUUCCUAUAUCCAUCCCAAAAUAUAUGUGCUGAUCUGCUUUGCUAACCAGUGAACAUAUGCCAUGCUUUUAUACUAACAUAUCCGUACAGUCACGCAUAUGGCAAGUAGGUGUAUAUCCAGACCCCAGAUCUGUGCAGUACUUGGAAGAGUACUAAACCCAUGCAACUGUUCCCAUUAAUGCCUCAGGGUGUUACAAUUGUUUUGUUUUUGCAACCAGGUCCUAAGUAGGUUGGCUACAUGAGCAUGCCUACUCUGUCUUUAGAGGCCACCACCAGCUGCAGAUGCAAAAAAAUUAAAUUGGGUAUCUCUGUAUGAAACCUGGAGAUAUAUUUUGAGAGGAAAAAAAAAGAAGUAUUUGUAAUGAAAAGUACUAGCCCCAUAACUUAAUCUGUUUCUACAGAUACUUAAAGAUAUCCCUCGCAUGACCACCUUAGCACACUUGUUUCAAGAGAAGGAGGUCCAGGAAGUAAGUAUUCUCACGUAAGAACUGUACGCUGUGUGUACUUGCAGUACCCAUAUAGCCAACUUAACCCAGGUAGAAACCUACGUGAACCUAUCCUAACCUGUAACUAACGAACGGUUAAAAAUAAGGCUUGACUAACAAUGUGCAUGGCAGCAGACACUGAUCUAACACCUGAGCAAAGCUGUGUGAAGUUUGGUACUAAUGAGAUUAAUAAAGGAAGGACUGCAUUCAAGCUGUGUGAAGAAAAUAGCAGAACAAGGUAUGUGUAAGCUUGAAAUAUAAAGACCGAUAAAAGUUUAACAUUUCAGCUAAGAGCCUUGCUCAGCAGACAGGGCAAAUGAAGAAAUAAAAAGUUUUUUUUCUUAAAAAAAGUGUUUGCCAUUAAUGUUAUUGCUGGAAGUUGAGUUUUUCAAAACCAAGAUUACGCAUGUCAUCCUGGUUUUGAAAAACCCAACUUCCGGCAACAACAAUGGCAAGCACUUAAGUUUUUGAACUGCUUUCUAUUUCUUGUCAUUGCUUCAUUUGUCCUGUCCGCUGAGGAAGGCUCUUAGCCGAAAUGUUCUUCUUUUAUUGUCCUGUCUUCUGUUUCAAGCUUACACAUACCUUGUCCAGCUAUUUCUUUCAAUUGAGAAUUACUUUUAUUUUCAAACUGCAUUACAGGUAAAAUAAUUCCUGGAAGUAGAUUUUGAAAACGUGUACAAUACUAGUAAAGGUGGUAGGACUCAGAUAAUCCAUUUGUAUUUGUGCACUAAGCACCAAAUAGUGUUUAGCUAUUCAGCUAUAGUUAUAAUAACAGGGAACCUGAUUGUUUAAAAUCUCGCUCAUUCUAUGAGUUAGAACAUACUUUCCUUAAAAAAAUUUUUUGUAGAAGUUAGUUAUGAAAAUGCUUCUCUGAAAACAUAUUAAAAAGUCUCAUGCCCUGCAAUCUGCAUUUUUGUGUGAAGUGGUUGAUAUAAGAUUUAGCUAGCAGUGCUGAGUGGGGCCAAGUAUAGAUUUUUACCAAAAAAAAAAGUAAAUGCAUGCUAUUUAAAGUGGACAUUUAAAAAAAAAAAAAGCUUACUCGUAGUUAUAGUUUGGAUCAUAAAGGGUUAACACAGUGUAAUUAUUAAACUGAAGCUGCUUUCUUAGUGCUACUGGUAAAAUUAUUUUAUUUAAGAAAAUUGUUGUGCAUAAUUAGAGCAUGGCUUGUAUCCUUUAAAUUACCAAUGACUUAGAGCUGAAUGACAUAUUCAAAUUCUUCUGAAUGCAUUCCUAUCAGUCUCACUUUUGGAAGCCUUACUGUCCAAAUUCUAAUCACCAUUAUUACCUGCAUUUAAAAUUUAUACGUUAGUUUAUUUAUUAGUUUAUAAUAGAAAGCCUUUUAUGUAAUGGCAUGAGUUGUCCCAUAGUUUAUGUAGUUCACUGCUGUUUUGUCAGCCAGAAACCUGAUUUCUAUAUACUAUUCAAAUCAAGAUUCUCAGACAUUACCACUUGAGCUAUAUUCAGUUGUGCUGUUUUUAAACAAAGCUUGUUAUGUUCACAACCUGUGCAUUGCUUUUAUUACUAUUGCUGGAUGUGGUCCUGUUCUAACUUAUGCAUGUUUGUGAUGGUGGAAGUCCUGGCAUAUUGAUUAAUUCAGUGAGCAUCUUGCACAGAUUGCCAUUGUGUUCCCUGCAUGUGCUGUUCUGAUUGAUAUUAAUUUAUUUCUUUUAAAUUGCUAACAAAAUCUUCAAAACCUAUCUUAAUCUUGUUAAAUUUAAAUUUCAUCUCCACAUCCAAAAAUAUGUCAAAGAAAUUUAAAAGGGAGAAUUUAAAAAAAUAUUCUAAAUAAAUUUGAGACAAAUUGGUAUUAUUUGUUUUAUUAUUCUUCACCAGUUAUGUGUGGAUUUGUACCAUUAAUUAGUGAGUUAGCUAUGACAGAUUAGAAUUAAUGAGUAGUAGAUAUGUCUAAAGCAUCUGGGGCACUGAUGCAAUCAUAAGCUUUUGUUAUUUCUGGUGCAUAAGCAUAGGUUAUAAAAUUUUAGCAUUAUGGAGUAAUGAAUGUAAGGUAUAAAAAAUAACAAAGUUGAGAGAUGUUUGAUGAUAAAACAACACGAUGAAUAUCUGACUUCAAAGUUUUAUUCAUUCGGCACAUUGAAAGAAAGUUGUUGUCACUUGUGGGAUUAACUUUUUCCUCUUUAAUUUCAUAGUAAAAUUUGAUACUUCUUGCUUUGACUCGGCAUUAUAAUAUGGUGGGAAACAAGUAAUUAGAAUACUCAUAUUACCUAAUAGUCUUCAUUUUAAUAAAUAAUAUAUUGAUACUUCUUAACCUUAAUUGUCACCAACAUUUGUUCAUCAGAUAUUUGAACGUAUUUUGUAUAUAUGGGCAAUACGUCAUCCAGCCAGUGGGUAUGUUCAAGGCAUCAAUGACCUGGUCACACCUUUUUUUGUUGUCUUUUUAUCGGAAUACAUUGAAAAUGGUAAGUUCUUACACCUUUGAAAACAAUAAGCUUAUGAUAUGCAUAAACAUGUCAAAUGUUUGUCAUUUCAUGUUAUGAAUUAACAAAUGUAGGAUUGGCUAUUACUUAGGCCGUUGCUAUUUAUUCAAAUUUUCAACUUUAUUUAUUUAUUUUUUAAAAAAAAAUAUUAUUUUAUUUAGCAAUAUUUACAAAUGUUCACUUCUGUACUGUAACAGAUAUAGAAGUUGAAAACUGUGAUCUGACCGAACUGUCCCAGGAAACUAGAGACCUCAUAGAGGCAGACAGUUUCUGGUGUAUGUCUAAACUCUUGGAUGGAAUUCAGGACAACUACACAUUUGCUCAACCUGGAAUCCAGAUGAAGGUCAAUGCACUAAGGGAGCUAAUUAAAAGGAUUGAUGGUAAGCAACUUUUUCAAAUAGAAAGAAAAUAAUGAGAAUAAGACGUAUUCAAAUGAAAAUAUAUAUUUUAUUAAUUUAUUCUUUUUUUUUAUAGAUUAACCGAGGCUUUUAGUGCUGCCAGUUUGAAUAGGAAUGUUAUAAUUAAAUUUUUAAAUGAAAUACAUUUUUUAAACUUUCAAAAUGUUUUUUAAGAUUUUUUUUAUAAAUAAUUAUUACAAUUACAAUGAAAAGAUUUCUUUAUGUUAUCAUUCCAGUACCCUUGUUUAACCAUUUGGAGCGCCAAGGAGUGGAAUUCUUACAGUUUUCUUUCAGAUGGAUGAACAAUCUCCUCAUGCGAGAAAUCCCUUUAAGAUGCACCAUUCGAUUAUGGGAUACUUAUCAGUCAGAGAUAAAUGGUUUUGCUGAUUUUCAUUUGUAUGUUUGUGCCGCAUUCCUCAAAAGGUUUUCUGAAGAAUCUCUAAGAGAACAUGAUUUUCAGGUGAGUUUUUUGUCUUAAAAAAAAAAAGAGAACACGUUUUAUCUACCUCUCCCUUUAAGAUUAAGAUAUAAAUAGAAAACAAGCUGUCACUUUGUUAAAAAGUUCAGUAUUAUGUGUUAAUGACAGGCCCAUUAAUAAAUAAAUAUAAAAAUAGCAAUAUGUGGGCCAUCGGUUGAUUUUGUAAUUUUAUUCCUUUCAGGGCAUAUUAAUGUUACUUCAGAACUUGCCCACAUUGCACUGGCGGGAUAAAGAAAUCAGCGAGUUAUUAGCAGAAGCUUACAAACUCAAAUAUAUGUUUGCUGAUGCACCAAGGCACUUGCUGCUCAAGUCUUGACCUUAAUUUCCAAGUGUUAGUAUGUUAUUACGGUGGUGGUUUGCUUGAAAUGAGUGAUUGUGAGAGGGUUAAAGUGAGUGAAUGUGAGAGGAUUAUUUCUGUAUAUAGAGGAUCAAGUGUGGGAGUUCUGUUUUUAAAUAAGUAUGUUGUUGUAUUAUAAAAUUUUAAGUGCAAUCGCAGUAUUUUUAGGAUUGUAAAUGGGUAAUUUAUUUGUUUGUAUUAACAUGUUUUUUGACAGGACAUCAGUUUUUAAAAGAACGUGAAUGUCUAAGAAGGAAAGAUUAGUUUUUUUGAAAUAUUGAAUCUUUAUAUUGGCCAGUUCCAAGUGACUUCUGAACAUGGUGAAAAGUUUCUUAUUCUGUAAAAUAUAAUACAAUUAUAGAUAAUAUCCAGCUAAAUGCCUCACAUUUGUCAGUAGUUAAUUGACUUUUAUUAGGCUGAUGGAAGAGGAACAAUAUAAAAUUGUUUUCAUAGCAUAAAUAGAAAUUUCGACUCGGCUAGUACUGAGCAUUUUUACUAGGCUGCCCUAGUGGAAUGAGGGCCUUGUACAAAUCGUCAAAGAUUUAUUGUAGUCUUUUACUUUAUGCAUUUAGUUUUGAUAUUCCUUGAUUGGGUCAACUAUUCUUUGUUAUCUUGACAAAAAUUAGCACAUGAAUUUAAUGCAAUUAUAAAACUAUCUUAAUUGAUAAAACAAUGGUAUAGCUCUGCAAAGAGUUUUAUGAGAUACUCCUUUGGGAAAUCUGAAUUAUUUUCUGCUCCUCUGAUGUACACUAGUUCUUUGUUGCAAACUGUUUCACAAUUGUGUCUUCAACAUUGUAAUAUUUUUAAUAAACGUUGUAGACUGUUAUUUAUCCAGGCACAUUUUUCAUAGUUUCACACAUAGAUGUACAAAUGGGAAUAAAGUUCCGUUCAGCUUAGAAAAAUCAUGUGGCUUUUAAUAACCCAGUUAUAAGAAAUUUAUUGUGUGUAUAUGCAUAUGCAUACAUGUAUUGAAAAAGAAAAGGUUAAAGUUAUGAGAUAGCUUUAAGCAAGAAAUUUUAUUUUAGUACUGUCGUUUGGAAACUGCACAUCACUUAUUUAUUUUUAAAAACAUUAUAAAUGUUCAGUCUUUUUUUUUCCAAGUUUACAUUUAGACUAAAUUAUUUAUAGUUUAAUUACUUUGACAACGCUAAAAAGUCAUUUCCAAAUUAAACAUAAACAUUUCUAUCACAUUAAAAUGUAAAUUUAAUCUAAAGCACUAUCAUAUUCUCAUAGCCAAAAGUAAUAUAAUUCACCAACCAAAAAGUUAUAACCUUCAUUGUCUGUGCAACACUUGCAAUACAUAUCUUUUUUAAAAUCAUUUUAAAUUGAAAAUGACAAUAAUUUUGAGUGUGAUUGGCCUAUGGUAAGUUUUGAUUUAAAGAAACUUUAUUGUAAAGUUAUGGUUAGUGAAGAUAAUAUUUUAUGUUAAGAGAGUUCAUCAAGCCUUAUCAUCUUAUACACAUCACUAAAAAAUGUAACUAUUACUUUUGUUAGUACUAUAAACUCAAGGAAUUACUUGUUUUUUUUAAAAAUAAUAUUUUACUUUUCAAAUAACAUGUUAAAGUUAAUGCAGCAGUUUUUUUUAAAUUUUAACACCACUGAAACUAAUUAUAACAUUCAUUGACUCAUAUAGUGAGUCCAAGGUAAUUAUUAUAAUUAUAAGGAUAUAUAUAAUUCGCUAGAAGAAGUAGGGCAAACAAGACACAGGCUAUAGAUAGAUACGCCAGAGUAAGCAAGAGGAAGACGCAGGCAAACCCUCCCUUCCCUUCAUGUGGGUCAGAUUGAAAUAAAAAGUGUGCCGUGACAUAUCAUGAAAAAAAGGGGGG